AUGCAUAAAAAACUGAUCUUUUUGUAUAAUAAUUCAUCAAAGCUGGAAAAUGAAUUCAUUUCUGCUAUCAUUUCCCUACGUAGUUAAAGAAUCUAGUUAUGUCACUACAAAUGGGCACAUAGUGCUCAUUGAAAUUAACAUGUGCCAAAGAGAAAAAAAACAUUCAUCAAAAGACACGGAGGCGUUUUCAGUAAAGGUUUAAUUAAUGCGUUUAUAAAUAAAAAAGGAAAACACAAAACAGUAUAUUCCAAGUCAUGGCCAACAGCAACACGAAGGAUUCCGGGAUUCCUUUGAAUACACUGAUGAUAACUCACUCGGAAGAUGGUAUACAGCGUAAGAUUGCGGCUCUGCACGCCACCUGGAAAGACACACGAUGCUUUACAAAGUACAUGGCUUUCCUAGUGAAUGGCCAAGAAUGUGUAAGCGAUGCGGUUCUAGAGCAAUGGGCAAACGAAACGGAAUGGUUUAUUAAAGAUAUGAAACAUCUGUUAAAGCUAGAGUACCACAAAUUCUGGUCCACUAUCGUGUACAACACAACUACCCUCGAGAGUAUCGUAUCGUUCAUGCAAAAUGCUUUACCGUUCUAUCUGGUGCCGGUAUUAAAAUCGAUGGAUAAUGAACGAAUCUUACCCUUGUACACAUCUGCCCACGCACUCGUGUUCAAGGUAAUCUUCCGUUUAACUACUUUACGAGAAAGCGACACAUGCUGGAUGGAGCCGGAAUUUUACGGCAAGCUUGUGUACAAACAUUUCAUCAUUACCGUACCGUUCCUGUUUGAUUUAAUAUCAAUCUAUAGUCGAGAUAAUAUUGAAGAAAUUUCUCGCAUAAUUGAAUUCGUGUUGAAUCUUCAACCAAAGUACAUUCAGGAUUUAAAGCAGGGUUUAAGCUACUUGUUGAAUGCAUUUACCAUCAUUCAAACUCGUUGCGAAUCGGAACUAUCGGAGGCAAACACUACAGAAUCGACGCUGAAUGAUUUAACAUUGUACGCGCAGGAUUGUAGCAGCGUGCUGGUGCAACUCAUAACGAUUUCCAGCACAAUUCGACAGCUAUGUUCCGAGCUAAACGUCGAAUUUGCCAUUAGCAACUUUUACGAUAACGUUAUAAUAGUGCUGUACCGCAAUAUUCAGGAGGUUAACAAGAAUUCGCAAUACUUAAACAAUCUGAAUGAUAUGCGUGUUGAACUGAUAGAAACGUUUCGUUCGAUACUAUGCGUGCAAUUAAACAAAAUACUGGAAAACUCUGAUGAUGGUUUGCUGGCUGCAGAUAAGUUUAUCAGCAUCCUAACGGAGUGCCUUGCAAACAAUGUAUUUGUUAGAGAUUAUAAAAAUCUUUAUGACAUUGAGGACGAUUUGGCAAUUGUACAGUUAGGUUACAAGUCAGUGGAUCAAGUAAAGUAUGAUUUCAUACAGAACGCGUACGCCAAAGACAGUGACGUGAAAGGAGACCUUGCACAUGCCGUGAUAAACUCAGAACAGGAAACUGAUCAAGGGCUUACAGUGAAUGCAGAGCAGCUAGAUAUGGAGCAAAGAAUCGAACAGAAUGUGCAGCACAUAAUGGAACUAUUGCCUCAUCUAAAAGCGGCGCAAAUUCGCAAAGUAGUCUGCUCUUAUGAUAACGUUGAGGAAGCUGUAAGUGUAUUGCUGGAACAGGAAAUUCCAGAUUCGGAAUCACAACCGGCUGCAGGGCAAGAAGAGCAGCAUAUUCCGAAUGAUCCUUUGGACGAGUUUUACCUUCGUACAGGCAUUGAUCGGUUAAACAUUUACGACGGCGAUGAGUUUGACGUGAUGGUGCAUGAUAAGGUGAAAGGAGUCAUUAAGAAAGGAAAGGGCAUGCCGGGACAGCCAAAGUCACUGAAUGCAUUGCUCGACGACAAAAGCCACAUACAGCAAGUGCGCCAUAUUUACCGAAAGUUUGAUCUUAUCGCAGAAAAUGACGUGGACGACGAUGAGUAUGACGAUUCGUUCGAGGCCAUUGCCGACAGUGAAUCGCGCCAUGUGAAGCUGUCCAAGCAGGCACGAAACACGUUCGUCAACGAGGUACUCGAUAAUGAAAGUGAGAGCGAAAACGAAAGUGAGGAAGAGCAGGAAACGAACCAAAAUCCCGCACUUGCGUUCUGCGAAAAUCCCGAACUGGCCCGUAAACGUUACGAGGAAAGGCAAAAUAGCAAAUACCAUCGGCAUGGUAGUGCAGCAACCGGCUCGAAGGAUGGGGAUGUGCGUGGUAAACCGAAAGGCCAGGGACAGGAUAGUAAGGUGCUGCUAAAUCGAAGACAUAAGAACGAGAACAAAUCAGUAAGCGGCAAUCAUAAUCGAAAGCAAGGUGCUAGUUAUAAGCGAAGCCGUGGUAUGUUGCCAUCUUAGGUUUCCAAACUGCACUGUAAAGUAGUUCAAAUGUUUGUAAUAUUUCUUCAGUAAUAGUUCUUUACAUUAUUAAAACCAUUUCAAUUGAAGUAUGUUUUUUUUGGAAAUGAUCACAAAAGAAUUAUAUCCAUGAAUAACAAAUUGUGUACAGUUACUGCUUAGAAUUCAUUAAGUUCAUUAAGCAAAAUACAUAAAAUUUAGAAUUGAUAAUAUACAAAAGAUUGAGAA